UUGGAGGCGGCCCGGCAGAAGCUGGCGCUGCGGCGGAAGAAGGUGCUGAGCAUCGAGGAGAUGGAGCUGUACGAGCUGGCGCAGGCGGCGGGCGGCGCCAUUGACCCCGACGUGUUCAAGAUCCUGGUGGACCUGCUGAAGCUGAACGUGGCCCCCCUCGCCGUCUUCCAGAUGCUCAAGUCCAUGUGUGCCGGGCAGAGGCUAGCGAGCGAGCCCCAGGACCCCGCGGCCGUGUCUCUGCCCACGUCGACAGUGCCCGAGACCCGAGGGAGAAACAAAGGCAGCACUGCCCUCGGGGGAGCAUUGGCCCUGGCGGAACGCAGCAGCCGCGAAGGAUCCAGCCAGAGGAUGCCACGCCAGCCCAGCGCUACCAGACUACCCAAGGGGGGCGGGCCUGGGAAGAGCCCUAUGCGGGGCAGCACCUAGGAUGGGGCAGAGACUUGUCACAUCUUUGUUCCCAGCAAAGGCUACGUGUUAUCUCCUUCAGUUGAUAAUAAACCUUUCUGAGAUGCAGAGGGUCCAGGUCA